CGUAGGUACCUAUCAUAGGAGAUAGGUACGUUAAGUACCGCUAACCAAGUGCCCAAUUUUAGGUACCUAGGGUGCCUCUGCUAACGCUAGGUAGGUAUAUCAGACUUUGAAUAAGAUGCAGUUAUUCAGUCCACCUAACCUUACAUAAGGCACCAACCCCUACUGGAUUGGAAAGGAAGCAGGUACCUGAGUUUUACGCUGGAGAGGACCCAGGCUUAAGUACCCUAGCACCGAAGGAGGUCGGGCAAGCUCCACAGCCCGAUCACACGGUAACAUGAUUUUCAUCCUACCAUAUGAGCGACGCGGGCUCCCUUUCCAACCUGUCGUUCCUUUGUUUUGGUGAGGAAGGAAGCCGACUUGUCAGUCCGUACAUCUGGAUGACCCCAAUUCUCCGAAAUAUAUCAACGAGGGUGCGCCAGAUGGCUUUGCAUUCUGCAAGCGCCGGUAGUAAGCUCAUCUUUGCGCCGGCGGGCACGGAGAUCCGCGGACAAGCAGAGCAGUUCACCAAAGGCGUGUUAACUCGCUCAGAUCUUGACCAGACAUCGCCCAUCCGCCAGUUUCACAAAUGGUUCGCUGCCGCCCAGGAGUCCCAUCUUGUGGAACACCCCGAGACAUGUUGCCUAUCUACCGCGUCGCUCCCGUCCGGCCGUGUCUCCUCCCGCAUAGUCUACCUCAAGGAGUUGGACGACAAGGGCUUCGUGAUUUACAGCAACUUCGGGACGAGCAAGAAAGCCGAGGACCUGGCCACAAAUCCGUGGGCUAGCCUUACUUUCUGGUGGGAGACCCUCGAACGCCAGGUAAGAGUAGAGGGUCAAGCAAGCAGACUCACCCGCGAAGAGAGCCAGAAGUAUUUCGACACCAGGGUUCGCGGUAGCCGGAUUGGUGCUUGGUCGAGCCGCCAGAGUCAGGUCCUCCGGCCGGUCGAGGGCGAUGCCGAUGGCGAAGAGGACGACGGGCGGAAGGUUCUCGACGGAUGGGUUGAAGAAACUGAGAAGCGGUUCGCAGGGGAAGAGAAUAUACCAGUACCCGACUUUUGGGGUGGCUUGAGGUUAAUCCCCGAAUCGAUAGAGUUCUGGCAAGGCCGGCAGAACCGACUCCACGAUCGGUUCGCCUACAACAAGAAGAAGUCGGCCGAAGGCAUUGAGGCAUGGUCGUUGGAUAGGCUGAGCCCAUAGAUCUCAUCGGGUCGAGUCGAAAUAUCCCCGCUACAAUACGGAAACCAAGUAGAGGCAAGGUGAAUUUUUCACUGGACUAUCGUGACGAUGCGUUUAAGUCAUCAUUCCUUGCCAAUAUCCAUCGUAAUCUUCUCAGGCCUCCCCCUCUUCCACCCCCAAUGGUUC